UAUGCCAGCCCUCUCAUUCUCGAGCACUUUGUACGACGUUCUGGGGAUCGAAAAGGAUGCUUCUCCCGGCGACGUUCGACGGGCGUACAAGAAGAAGGCCCUGGAGACUCAUCCAGACAAACUUGAACCCGACGCUAAUGAUCAUGAGAAGCAGGUCGCCGAGCGUCAAUUCCACAAGGUCCACGAUGCAUUUGAAAUCCUUGGAGAUGCAAUGAAACGCCAGGCCUACGAUAAACGCCUCAAAGCACGUAGUGAUCCUUCACUCAUCUCCGAGGAAGCGAAACGGAGAGUUCAAGAGCGAAAGGAGUGGGCUCGACUCCAACGUGAAGAAAGCGAAAAACGUAUGGCGGAGUUCAACGCCAAACUCGAGCAGCAGAGAAAGGCGAGGGAGGAGGCUGUGGCGAAGAUGGCCAAGGAAGCAGCCGUGGUAUCGGAGAUGCUGAAAGAUAUGUAUGCAUUGAACCCCGAGUUUGCUGCGAGACGGCAGGCCGCCCUUCAGCGGAAAGCAGAACGCGACCGUGCCAACCUGCUGAGAUCUCAGAAGCCUAUUCGCUCAUG